UUUCCCAAGGUUUUGGAAAACAUGGCACCAAAUUCCACCAUCCUUUCUUCCCUCAAGCUAGCAAUGAUUCUGGUGCUCUCAGCCUGGAUCUGCAUCUGGAUUCUUAGGCCAACGCAGUUGUGGAAGAAAUCAUGGCACGUAGCGGAGGACCUGGCAAAUGCCACAAUCCUUGGUGACUAUGGUCUCAAUGUGGUGGUCUUCUGUUUCCCAGUUUUAGCUGUGGCUACACUUGGAUACAUCUACUUGCACCUGUGUGUUAAUAAGGGGAGACUAAGGCAGAGAAUAUCCUGGAUGACCCACUUCUCAAGUCCACUUAUUAUCAGUAGUCCUGUAGGGAUACUAUCAGGUGGUGAGCUUCUUUUCAUAGCUUUGUUUGUACUCUUCCUGGUAUGGACCUAUUACUCUAAUGUCUCAGGCGACUUCAAGAAGAUGCCACCAUACAAACCUCUGCAGUUGAAUAGGUGGCAGCAAAAAAUGAUGCGCAUGGGUAUUCGGAUUGGUUCCCUCAGUGAGGCAUGUCUUGCCCUCCUGCUUCUGCCAAUUCUAAGAGGGAUGGCAGUAUUUAGGAUACCUGGAAUUCAGUUUGAGGCUUCAGUUAGGUACCAUGUGUGGAUCGGUAAUGCCAUGAUACUGCUUUCAGUUUUACAUGGCGUCACUAUCAUGUCUGUAUGGGCAGUCAAGAGAAGUCUUUUAGAGGAGAUAACCAAAUGGCAGAGAACAGGGCGAGUGUACAUUGCAGGUGCAGUUGCUUUGGUAACAGGAGUGAUCAUCUGGUUAACUUCACUUCCUCCAAUAAGAAGGAAGCAGUUUAAGUUUUUCUACCUAGCGCACCACUUGUAUAUUGUUUUCAUCCUGUUCUUCUUGCUGCAUGCGGGAGCUGGGCAUUUUUAUUUGGUAAUUGCUGGUGUUCUUCUAUUUGCCCUCGACAAAAUUCUACGUGUCAUACAGUCAACUAGAGAAACAUGUCUUAUUUCUGCGCGCAUACUGCCAUGCAAAGCAGUAGAACUCACUCUCCCAAAGCAUCCAAGCAUGAAGUACACCCCAACAAGUAUGAUAUUUGUAAAGAUAGCAGCAAUAUCAAAAUUCCAGUGGCAUCCUUUCAGCAUAAUUUCAAGCUCCAAUAUGGAUGAUGAUAGAUUCUCAGUUCUAGUCAAAUGCCAAGGACAGUGGACUAAUGCACUCUAUGACAUGGUAAACUCAAUGACAGAUUCAGAAUCUGGUAAUAUGAAGAAUCUUUCUGUUGCAGUAGAAGGGCCCUAUGGCCCGGCUACAUUCCCCCACCAAAGGUAUGAUAGCUUAGUUUUAGUCGCUGGUGGAUCUGGUAUAACUCCAUUUUUAAGCAUUUUGCAAGAUGUUGCAUCGAGAUGUGGCAAUAUCAGCAAGUAUCCUACAAAGAUACAACUGAUAUAUGUUGUGAAGCGACUGCAAGACCUCAGCAUGCUAACCCCAAUUUCUCCAUUACUGAUUAACCAGUCUGGGGAGCUUGGACAUCUGAAAUUAAAGGUAUUUGUGACACAAGAACAGGGAACAGUCAGAGAAAUGUUUAAUGAUUCGUCUCAGGUGAAGACAGCCGUCAUGGACAGGAAUUCUUCCGCAGACACUGUAGCAAGACCAGAAGGGCUAUUGUGGAAGGCAACAAUUACAAUGUUAUCCUUUAUUACUUUUCUUGCUUCUUUAGUUUGUUUAAGCCAUAUUUUCAUCCAUCAAGGGAAGAAAUCCUCAGAGAACAAGUAUCCAUCAUGGGUCAAUGACUUAUUGGUGUUCUGUUCAUUUGUAAUUGCUACUAGUUGUUGUUCAGUGGCCACAGUUUUUUUAAGAUGGAGGAAGUCAGUGAACAACAUCCAAUUACUUUCUCAAAAGUACACUGAAUCUGCUGAAAUGCACUCUAUGCAACUAAAAGGUGCAUUAGAGGAACAUGAAAUAAACUUUGGAAGGAGACCAAACCUCAUAGAUAUACUUUCAGAAUGGUCAGCCGAAAUAGAAGAAUCAAAAGUAGGAAUCUUUGUUUGUGGUCCAGAUUCCAUGCAGGAGUCAGUGGCUACAUUCUGUAGAGCACGCUUGCAAAAGUCCAACGGUGGUGAUAGAAAGCAAAAGUGUCACUUCAAUUAUCACUCUGUCAACUUCUCUCUUUAGUUAUGCUUCCUCUCAGUGAAAGGUGAUAGCCCAUGUAUAUAUGUUUUACUAAUAGUCUGGGACAUGCAAUGUUAAAAUGGCUUUCCUAAGUUGCUAUGAGUUUAGUGGUGAUUGUAUCAGUAAAUUGGAGAACUUUAAUUUCUUUGGUGGAUAUGCAGUUUAUAAAUGUAAAAUCAACUGAUGUAGAGAUGAUCGACUACAAAAGCUGAAUGAGUGACUACUCUGUGA